AUGGAAGCAGUAACAUCAGCCAUUACAAAAAACAACAACGGUUAUGAUUCAUUCUGCUUGACUAAUGCUAAAAAUAAUAAUAUGAAAGUGAAUAGCAUCGAUCCUUUGAUUUGGGGUGUGGUCGUCGAGGUAAUGAAAUGGAGCCACUUGGAUGAAGUGAAACAUAUGGUGGAGGAGUACCGAAAGCCAGUGGUUCGUCUUGGUGGCGAGACGCUCACAAUUUCUCAGGUGGCUGACAUUGCCUCAAAUAACCAUGGUGUGAAAAUUGAGUUGUCAGAAUCUGUAGAAGAACUCAUCAGGUUUUUAAAUGUCGGAAUAUUUGAAAGUGGAACCGAGUCAAACCACACAUUACCACACACAACAACAAGAGUCGCCAUGUUAGUGAGAAUCAACACACUUCUCCAAGGCUAUUCUAGAAUUAUAUUUGAAAUCCUGGAAGCCAUAACCAAGCUCAUUAACAAGAACAUCACCCCAUGUUUACCACUUCGAGGUACUAUCACAGCUUCAGGAGAUUUAGUCUCUCUUACUUAUAUUACUGGUUUACUAACAGAAAGACCAAAUUCCAAAGCUCAUGGACCUUCUGGAGAUAUACUUAAUGUCGAAAAGGCUUUUCAAUUGACUGGUAUCAAUGAUAAUUUCUUUGAAUUACAACCUAAGGAAGGACUUGCACUUAUUCAUAUACAAUUAAAUAUAUUUGGCCAUUUGAACCAUGUGUUAGAACUAAUAACAGCCAUGGAUGAACCAGAGAAAAGUAGAAAGAAUAAGAGAAAGAAGAGAAGAAAUUAUGAGAACUUGAAGCUACAAAAGCUUAAUGAUCAUUACAUCAUAGUUGUGUUUAUAUAG